UCAAAGCGGCGACUCUGCGACCAAAUCCUGCAACCAGUUUGUCACAUGACUGCGCUCAUCGGAGAAAUUAUUUCCGUGUUCGCCGGGAUCUCACUCAACUGAAUGAAAUCCUAACUGGUAUUUUUUUUUUCCCUCCCCCCUUCUGCCGCCUGAGCACCGAGCUGCCAUUGGAACGCGUCGCCGAGCUGGGGGGUACUUCGGGGAAGGGGACCCGCUCAUUUCACCGCAAAGACGCGAGCCGCAGCAAUAAUAUGCUCACACGGGUGAAAUCUGCGGUGGCCAAUUUCAUGGGAGGAAUAAUGGCUGGCGGUUCCAGCGGAGAAAACGUGAGCGGCUGCGACCUGCCGUUGAAAUUUCCUUACAUGAGACCGGAGUUUCUGGGACUGUCACAAGACGAAAUAGAGUGUUCCGCGGAUCACAUAUCGCGGCCGAUUCUCAUUCUGAAGGAAACGAAGAGAUUGCCGUGGGCCACCGGUUAUGCGGAGGUGAUCAACGCGGGGAAGAGCGCUCUGAACGAGGACCAGGCCUGCUGCGAGGUGGUGGAGGUGAAGAAGAGGACGGGGGGCUCCACUCCCAGCAGGACCCCCACGGCCAAGCGCAGGUCCUCCCUGCCCAACGGGGAGGGCGUGGGCCUGCGGGACAGCGCGGACGCAGACGGGCUGCUCUUCCACUACUGGGCGCUGUUCGACGGGCACGCGGGCUCGGGCGCGGCGGUGGUGGCCUCUCGGCUGCUGCAGCAUCACCUGGUGGAGCAGCUGCAGGAGGUGCUGGAGGUGCUGCGGAACUCGGCCCUCCUGCCGCCCACCUGCCUGGGCGAGGAGCCCGGGGCCACGCCCGGCUCGCACCGCGCCCUGACGCGGGCCGCCUCCCUCCGGGGGGCCGCUGGGGCCCCCGGCUCGCCCGGGACCCCCCCCACGCGCUUCUUCACCGAGAAGAAGGUGGAGCACGAGAGCCUGGUGGUGGGCGCCCUGGAGAACGCCUUCAAAGAGAUGGACGCGCAGAUCGAGAGGGAGAAGUCCGUGUACAACAUCUCCGGGGGCUGCACUGCGCUGGUGGCCGUGUUUCUCCUGGGAAAGCUGUACAUGGCCAACGCUGGGGACAGCAGAGCCAUAAUCAUUCGGAGCGGCGAGGUCAUCCCCAUGUCAACGGAGUUCACCCCAGAGUCAGAGCGGCAGAGGCUGCAGUUCCUGGGCUACAUGCAGCCCCACCUGCUGGGGAACGAGUUCACGCACCUGGAGUUCCCCCGGAGGGUGCAGAGGAAGGAGGUGGGCAAGAGGAUGCUGUAUCGGGACUUCACCAUGAACGGCUGGGCGUAUAAAACCAUCGAGGACGAGGACCUGAAGUUUCCGCUGAUAUACGGGGAAGGAAAGAAGGCCCGCGUCAUGGCAACCAUCGGCGUCACGCGUGGCCUCGGCGACCACGACCUGAAGGUGCACGACUCCAACAUCUACAUCAAGCCCUUCCUCUCCUGCUGCCCGGAGGUGAAGGUGUACCCGCUGACGCAGUACGAGCACGGGGCCGAUGACGUGCUGGUGAUGGGCAGCGAUGGUCUGUGGGACGUGCUGUCCAAUGAGGAGGUGUCUGAGGCCGUCACCGGCUUCCUGGCCAACUGCGACCCGGACGACCUGCACAGGUACACCAUGGCAGCCCAGGACCUGGUGAUGAGGGCGCGGGGGGUGCUAAAGGACAGGGGCUGGCGCAUCUCCAACGACAGACUGGGCUCCGGAGACGACAUCUCCGUCUACAUCAUCCCCCUGCUGCACGGCAACCGCCAGCCGUAGCCUCAGAGCCCAAACCACGCCGUCCCCGCCCCGCCCC